AUGUUAAUAUUGAUAGUGUUGUCAUUGGCUUAUGCUCAAAUAUAGGAUGAACAAUAAUUGACAAAUGCAGCUUGUGUCAUCUUUUCUAGAUACUAUUUAUAAUCUAAUUAGGAGUUAGCAGGUAGGGUUGUAGGGGAAAUGAUUCAACAAGGAUUAACAUAAGAAGAUGCAGUAAUGUUUGCUGUUGCUUCCUUAGUUGAAUCAUGUUUAGAUAGCAUUACAACUCAGUAAACAAUGGAGGUAAGAAUAUUUAUAAUAGUUAGAUUAUCCAACAAUUGCAAUCAUAAAAAAUCAAUGUAGAAGCACAUAAGCAUUUAGUUGAAAAAGCUGAUUUAAGGAAGUUUGGGUCAAAAAAGAAGAGUGCAAAAAAAAAUGAAAUUCUAAAAAUCAUUAAGUCUAUAGAUGAUAUGGUUAAUCAAUAAAAAAAAGAGUAUGAAGGAGGUGAUGAUGGAAGUGAUUAAUAAGAAGGAGGAAGAAAGAGGCAAAGAAAUAGAAAUAAAUAACAAGAAUUGCCUGAUAUAUCUAUUUUUGAUAUAAAGGAAUGGAUUGUUUUAUCAUCUUUUGUUUUAGUAGGUGUUUUACUAUCUUAUAUAAGUAAAUAAUUUCUGUAUUUGUUAGUUUGUUGUGUUCCUGAGAGAAAUAAAAAUUAAAAAAAGGAAAAAAAAAAUAAAGUUAAAUCAAACGAAUAGGAAGAUGAUAAAUCUUCACUUAAAAAACAGGAGGAAAAUGAAUCAGAGGAUGAAAUCUCCCCUAAAGAAGUUGCAUAAAGCGAGGACAAAUAGAAAGAAGAGUGA